UGCGUCGUUUUCACGGGGUGUUUUAGUGCAGGUAUCCUAUUCAGAGAAACUCCGUUAACGUUCAAUCAAAUGUUCUAAAUCUAGGAAGAGUUUGCUUUUUAUGUGACAGUUGUGUUGGAUAUAACCUUAGUAACCAAAAUUAUGAUUUAUUCAAAAGAUGAAUAUUUCAUAACCGAUUCUUUUCUCUUCGUCACUUCGAGAGCUUGAGGUGAAAGAUGAAGAUCCCGGGGUUUACACUGCUGCUUGGAGUCGCUCAUUUUUCUGUGAUUACUGCUCACCACCGAGGAAUGCGAAAGCAACAAAGUUUCAAGCGCUUUGAGGGUAAACGUGCGAACGACUCCAUCAUCGCCGCCCGUGACGUCACUUCCGCCAUUGAUUGCGCCGACCUCUGUAGUGCUCAUUACCCACAAUGCCUUUCGUUCAACUACAAGGCCAUCCCCGACAAGCCAGACCUGUGCGAGCUGACGUCUUCUCAGGGGCUCGAUAUCGAGGCUCUGUUGAACGAUUUCUUAUUCGCGUUCUAUAGAGAGAACACAGCUGUGGAGAGUAAAAGCUGUCUUGAUUAUUUAAAGAGGGGCGCGGCAGAUAAUGGCGUGUACAACAUUCACGUAGAAGGGGUUACACACCUAGUCCCAGUCUUCUGCGACUUUACAUCCGAGCAGGCCUGGGCAUGGACUUUGAUCCUAUCCUACGAGCUAAGAGAACGGAUUCUCGCUGCGUUCAAGACAAGCUUCAGUGAAAAUGUACCCAGUAAUGAAAAAACACCGAACAUGAAAAACCACCGUCUCAGCAAACGUGCUAUGAUGUCCAUCCAGAAAUACUCCACUCACUGGCGAGCGACCACAAACUACAACCUGGACACGGGACGUCUUAAGCCCGAAUGCGCGACUGCUAACGGAAUUCCGACCGACAGUUGUUCGAUAAGUGACCGCUCGUUCAGAGAUUACAUGCGAGGGAAGAAUUCCGACUUUGAUAUUUUGUCUUUUGAAGGAGGCAAUGUUUGUAAGAAAGUAGAGUACAUCAACAUCCGGGGAAUCGAGAGGAAAAACCAAGAGGCUCCUUUUUGGCAGACAUCUGCUGAAUUUUUCGUCCAUACUGACUCCUCUCGACCAUCAUGUGGAUAUAACGCAUCUGCAGGGAGCGUUGAAGAUGAGGACAACUUUGGUCUAUAUAGUGCUACGAAUCCUAAUUUCGCAGGCUCUGCUAACGAGGGAAGUACUACACAAUGGUGGUUUGGCGCAAACUUGUACAGCUAAGUCACACAUUUGUACCGCGUCACGCAAGACAACAGCAUAUGACACAUUGGUGGCUUGGUGCGGACUAAAUCACGCAAUAGUAUGCGUCACGAAUUUGUAAAACUUAGUCACGCAAUAGUAUGCGUCACGCACAAAACUCGCAUAUGACACAAUGGUAUUGCGGACUAAAUCACGCAAUAGUA